CAUGACAGCUGAACAGCUGAAUCGAACAGCUGAUGCGUUGAGUAGUGUAAACGUCAUCAUGAUGUCUUCGUUAUGAUCGCGCUUUAUCACAAUGUCGAUAAAUGAGAGAUUAGAAGCUUACCGGCGCAAGAAACGUAGAGAAAAGAUGACAGAGACGAUCAAGAGCACCGUGGUAAACGCACUUCCGUGGAAUCGAAAUGAUGGGAAUGAAGAAUCUGCCAGAGAAUUAACGAAAGACGAAGAGGUUAAACUAUGUGAACAGCAGCUAGAUAUCCAGGAUACGGAAGACAUUCCGUUGAAGGAAAAUGCACAGGAAUCGAAAAGAAAAUUAUUCGUUGGAUUUGAUCCACUAUAAAGACGGCCAACUUGACGGUUUUCCGUUGUCUUUGUCGUCGCCAAAUAUUGCGUGGGUCCUCGAAAAUAUAUUUUACAGUCCGCCUCUUCGACGUCUCUCGUUUAUUUUAUUCUCACGUCGGAAGAGCGCGCGCGUCGUUCUCAUCUUUGCUUCUUCGGAAGAAGAUAGGGAAACGAAAGGAAAAAAAGACAUGUAAAUAAUAUACAGGAUGCGCGUAGGAAAAUACAACGAGAUCUAUUCUCGGAUCGAAUCCGCAUUUAACUCUGA